UAGUUAUAAGUAGCUUCACUUCAAAGAUGUUUGGAUUGCGAACAAUAGAAUAGUUGGGGAAAUCAGUAAGAAAGCCCUAGAGAGGAGAUGGGAACGCCAGAGACAUCACGGGAACCUUGUCCUGAUCGGAUCCUAGACGACAUAGGCGGCGCGUUCGGCAUGGGCGCCGUCGGUGGCUCCGCCUUCCACUUCCUCAAGGGACUCUACAACGCGCCCACGGGAGCGCGUGUGGUAGCCGCCUCGCAGGCCGUGCGCCUUAACGUGCCGCGCGUCGGUGGCAGUUUCGCCGUCUGGGGCGGCCUCUUCUCCACCUUCGACUGCACCAUGGUCUACCUCCGCCAGAAAGAGGACCCUUGGAACUCCAUUGUCGCUGGCGCCGCCACCGGCGGCUUCCUCUCCAUGCGCCAGGGUCUCCCCGCCGCCUCCCGCGCUGCCGCGUUCGGCGGCGUCCUCCUCGCUCUCAUCGAGGGCGCCGGCAUCAUGCUGAACAAGUUCCUCAGCGCGCAGCAGCCGAUGCCCAUCAUCGUCGACGACGGUUUCCCUCCCAACGAGCUACCGGGUCAGAUCCCUCCCAACGAACUACCUGGCCAGACCGCUUCUCCGCCGUCGUGGUUCGGCGGGUGGUUCGGCGACGGGAAAAAGAACGAGCCUGCGUCCAGCGGGGGAAGCGAGACCAAGGUUUUGGAGAGCUUCGAUGCGCCUCCUGUCCCCAAUUUCGAGUACAAGUGAAAAAAAGGGUUAAGAAUUAGGAUCAUUGUUUUUUGUUUAGUGUUUUAGAUUUUUAUUGUCAGUGAUUGCCUACACUUCUAUGAGCAAAUACAAGUAUAGUUUCCCUGGCUUUCUUUAUUAUGGUAUAUUGUAUAUGCAACUAAAUCGCAGAUGAUGUUAAAUGCUUUUGAUUCAAAA